AUGCGGUCCUACAACUUCGCAGCAGCUCUCCCUCUUCUACAAGCUGUUUUUGCCUCCCCUAUCACUCACCUUCCUAUCUCCCGAAGCAAGGUCGUUGCGAGACAUAUCGUCGAUGGUAGACAAAUUGCUCAUGGUGCAGGGCUUGAAUCUGCUCAUACUCUGGCCAGCUCGACAAUCUAUCUGGAAGAUUCGGAGGGCCUUGCUCUUGUGAGCUCCCAAAAUUUCACUACCGUCAUUGUUGAAAAUACUUCUGGAUCGAAGACUUCUACAUUGAUUGCCGCUUGGGGCGCUCAACCUAUCUACUCUCUCGGUUCAAGCGCAGGCUACAUUCUCGGCGUUCCCGAAUAUAUUUACGCUCCUUUCGCCUUCCCGGACGUUGACGCCUCCAAAUUACCUCUUCAAGUCUGUACUUUUGUGUAUGCCGAACCAUCGAGCUUCAGUACCAACUUCACUAUAUCCGAACGAGAUUCUUUUGUCGUUGGCAGCUUUGCUAGUCAGCUGAAUCUCGGUGACGCUAUUACUGAAUUCUGCAUUCGAGUCGGUCAGGCUCGUUCUUCUACCUCCGCCACUCCCGAUAGCUUACAGCCUUCCAAUGCGCCAGCAUCUGGCCCCGGAAGCGGUGAAGAAAGCAGUACCACUUCCAUGCCCACUGACACAUCCGUGGAACCCUCUGGCAGCCCAGCACCAGUCACCAGUCAACGGAAAAUCGGGGGCAACACAGGAGGCAACACCGGCGGCCAUGAAGCUGGCAGCGUAGUCUCGCCUCUUUCCUCUCAAUCGACUGAUGGAUCCAUGGCUUCCCCGUCACAAGCUCCUGCUACCAGUACACCCGUAGUUGCGCCUGUGCCAACGUCUUCCUCUUCAUCUGCCGUAGAGAUCUCUUCAGGUUCAGCUCCCCCUGCUCCUUCCAUUCAGAACACUGUGUCAGCCGGAACCUCGUCGACCAGUGAUUCUGCUUCGACCAGUCCAUCCUCUUGGACCAGCAGUUCCACUACCGCUUCUUCUUUUUCGGCCAACAACAUCGUGCCGUCUAUCACUGUUGCUUCUGUGUCUCCAUCUACUUCUCUAAUCGCAGUGAUGUCAUCCGCUUCGGGAAUCUCGUCCAUUUCCACUUCCACUUCCACUGCAUCUGCAACUGGAAUAAUCUCGUCGUCAUCCGCUUCCGUCACCUCAUCGACGAGUACAAUUCCAGCCUUAAGCUCGAUCUCGGCCUCAGUAUUAGUGAACCCCUCAACUUCAGCUUCAUCUGUUGCCCCUUCGGUCUCGGCCAGUGCCACUUCAGCUGGCCCCAACCCAGCCUACCAGACCACUGUCUCCUUCAAUGGCAAGACCUACAUUAACAAAGGUCUCGUCGGCUUCGGUGCCAUUGAAGGAGAUGCUGUAGACUCCUACGGCGAGACGAUUGGUUCAUUGGGCUCAGCUAUCCACCUUCAAUCUUUCCAGCGAGACGCUGAUGGUUUCUAUGCUGGUGUCAUGAUAACUCAACCUGAUAGAGGUCACAACACCGAUACCACUACCGAUUACAUCUCUCGACGACACUUGCUCUCGUUCAAGCUUAAUCCUUACUAUGGUAAUACCUCUCUCGAAUACCAAGCUGCCAAGUCCAGUUUCACGCUCAAGUACGAAAGUACUAUUAGAUACUUCGAAGCAGAUGAAACCCCUACCACCGGUCUUGAUCCAACAACAUUCAGAAACGGAUCCAUCCCGCAGCCUAUAGCAAGUCAGUCAUACAAUCACAUCUCCAGCGAUCCUGAAGGCCUUGUCAUCCUAGCGGAUGGAUCGUCAUGGGUAUCAGAUGAAUACGGACCAUAUAUCUGGAAAUAUUCCGCUGAAGGUUUCUUGCUUGACACAAUCGUUCCUCCUAAAGCUGUGUUACCUUACAAGAAUGGAACGUUAUAA